GUAGCUAAUCCGCUGCCAAAAGCCCUGAGACAAUCCCCGUUUGCUUGUCUGCGAGAAAAACCCUGAGCCUGAGGGAAGGCAAUCUCUGUCUGUGUGAAAAACCCUGAAGGAACUCAAUCCUCGAGGAGAGGAAAUUCCCAUCUGCCGCGAGUAGAGAGAGAGCAGCAAAACCAUGGUUCGCCAAGAACUGAAACGAAAGAAGCGAGAAGCGGAAGAAGAAGAGGAAAACAAAGUAGAGAAAAGGAAUGCACUGGAAAAAGAAGAAGAAGAAGAAGAAGAAGAAGAAGGAGAGGAUGAAAGGAGAGCAGAGGAGGCCGUACAGGAGCUUCCGGGAAUUCCCAUUUUGCCAUCCGAUCAGAAGCCCAAGGCAGGGACAAUCUUCGUCCUUGAAAGAGCUUCUUUAGAAAUUGCUAAAGUUGGGAAGACGCCCCAGAUUUUAAACUCAGAUGAUCAUGCCAAUUUCCUGAAGAAGAAUAACAGGAAUCCUGCUGAUUACAGACCUGACAUUGUUCACCAGGCCCUCCUUGCAAUACUAGAUAGUCCCCUGAAUAAAGCUGGAAGGCUGCGAGCACUCUAUGUGAGGACAGAGAAAGGGGUACUUUUUGAAGUUAAACCACAUGUUCGCAUGCCAAGAACAUUUAAGCGGUUUUGUGGGCUCAUGUUGCAGCUACUACAAAAUCAUUCAAUCACUGCUACUUCUAGUCGGGAAAAGCUCCUUCGUGAGAUUAAGAACCCAGUCACUCGCCAUUUACCUAUCAAUUCCCGUAAAAUAGGCCUCUCAUAUAGUUCAGAAAAGUUAGUUAAAUUGCAGGACUAUGUUGCUGCUGCUACUGAUGAUGUUGACCUUGUUUUCGUGGUUGGUGCAAUGGCCCAUGGAAAAAUAAAUCAAGAGUAUACUGAUGAUUUUAUAUCAGUUUCAGGUUAUCCACUGAGUGCCGCAUGUUGCAUAGGACGGAUCUGUAAUGCGCUGGAACUGAAAUGGAAGAUCCUGUAAACCCAACAUAUUUUUAUUCACCAAUCUUUUCACCUUUUUUUCCCUACAAAAUGAAGAGACUAAUUUGUGCAUGUCCGCCCAGUGCAUAGCAAUUUGAUAUGUUCCAUCAUUGUUCUUUCUUUAGUAUCAAUGGAGGUCGUGAAGUUUGUUACUUUUAUUUUUGAGGAAUCAUGUGUUGCUAUGGUUGAAUGGAAGGCCACUAUCGGGACUUGCUCUUUUGA